AUGGAUCGAGCAGCGCACAGGGGAGCCCCGUCCCACCGUCCCUUCUCCAACACCAGCAGCAACCACGACAGGAACCACCAACACGGCAACAACAACAGCUUCAUCGACCAGCAGCGAGUCCGCUUUGCAGAGGGCGGCAGCGAUACUUCUUCGCAGGGCCCCAAGGUGUACCAACCAACCCCACGCCGAGCCAGCUCAGCGGCCGUGUCCGUCGUCGCGUCGUCUGCUGCGUUGCCUGUGUAUUGGGACGACAAAGGGAACGGGAGGGGGGGGGACCAGGGCAGUGACGCGAAUCUUGCGGGAUACACAUUUUAUCGCGAACGGACACCAACGCCCCCGGAUCAUGACGGUUCAGAGAAGCGGCAUCAUCAUGGAGGAGGAGGAGCAGGGAGUUUAGUACCUCCCGGGUCGGGAAUCGAAACUUCCACGGCGGGUGGGGGAACGAUACGCAGCGAUGGUACCUCCACGGUUGGUGGUGACUACAGCAUGAGGCGGCUUCACUUGACCGACGGUGCGAGUUGGGGUUAUCCUGACAACAACAACAACCGGACGCCUUUGAAAAAGACAAGGCGGUUUUGGGUGGUGGUUGUCAUUGGCAUUCUGAUGUUGAUCGGGAUCGGGCUUGGAGUUGGACUAGCGCUGGGUUUACCCAGGGAUCAUGACGCUGCCGUAGGGUCACCAGCAAGUAAUACCGCAUCCACACUCUCAGGCCCCACACCACCCUCGUCCCCAACAGACCCAGCACCCACUGGCACGGCAACCACCGCCAGCGAUCCACGUCCGACAUACAACUCAGACUGCCCCACGUUAAACAACACCAUCUACCACGUCCCAGACUCGACGGCAAGCUUCCAACGCGUCUGCGGUGUCGACUACAGCGGCAUCGGAGCCGUGGACAUAGCACAGGAAUGGACCGAGAGUAUGGCCGAAUGUAUGGACAGGUGUGCCUCGUUGGUCUCGUGUACCGCUUGCUCCUGGGGGUAUUUGAAGGGUGAUCAGGGGGCGAAGCACAGGUGUUAUAUGAAGAAGAACUUGAAGAGGGCUCACGCCGCGGCGGGCGAUUGGUGUUUUGCGAUUCUGCAAUGA